AUGGAGAUAAAUGAUGAAUAUAGUCUUGUUGGGGCUAUUGAAAAACUACACAUUUGUGACAUAUGCAACAAAGAGUUUACAGAAGAAGAGCUUUUAAAUCAGCAUAAAUACCAGCAUUUUAAAGUAAAACCUUUUUCUUGCAACCUAUGUAAAAAAAGAUUUUCACAUAAAGGAUAUUUAAAUAAUCACAUUCGUCACCAUGAAAAUGAAAAUCCUUAUAUUUGUGAUUUAUGUGGGAAAAGUUUUUCACAGAAGUGUCACCUCACCUCCCAUUGCCUUGGUCACACAGGAGAGAAACCUUAUUCUUGUAGUAUUUGCAAUGCGAGCUUCACGAAAAGGGAUUCUUUGAUUAUUCACAAUCGUGUUCAUACCAAAGAAAAACCUUAUUCUUGUAGAAUAUGUAAUAAGAGUUUUUCGCAAAGAGGUAAUUUAAAAGCUCACAGUUAUGUUCAUACUUCAGAAAAACCUUACUCCUGUGAUUUAUGUAGCAAGAGUUUUUCACAAAAACAACAUUUAUUUCAACACAGUUUCCAUCAUUCUAAAAUAAAACCGUAUGCAUGUAAUUUUUGUAAUAAGAGCUUUUCUAUUAAAAGUAGUAUAGCAUCUCAUAGAUGUGUACAUUUUCAGACUGAGGUUUCGAAAAGGUGUUCCAAAGAAUGCUUGGGUUCUGUUGAAGGGUGA